CACAGGCAGGCAGCCUGAACGACUACGGGCUGGAAUGUUAGAAAGUUCGCGAAGGGGCUAAAAUGCCCGGACUGGAGCAGCUACAGACUGGAUUUGGCUCGAGGAAAAGUUGGCAAACAAGAAAAAGAACUUCCUCUGCCACGUCGGAAGCCCCUGCCUUCCUUGUCGGCUCGCUCCAAGCUCCCUGAAGGAGAGGAGGAAAGAGGGAAACCGUAACUGAUUAACGCUCUGCCAUGCUGCCUACUGCUGUUCUGUCUCUAUCACUGUUGAAUCUGCUGGCUCUGGGGGUCGGCUCCUCCACCUCCAAGGCACCCCCAGCCUCAGGUAACCCCCAGCAGCCCCAGCAGGCUGGUUUCUCUUUGGGGCACCCCAGCUGGUCCCUGGGGCUGCAGCUCUAUAAGGCCCUGCGGAGUGAAGGCUCCCAAACCAACACUCUCAUCUCUCCAGUACUGCUUGCCAGCUCCCUGGGUGCCUUAAGCCGUGCAGCCAAAGGAACCACAGCUGGACAGCUCCAGGACCUCCUGCAGACUGCCAAAGACGAGAAGAAAGCUGAGGAAGCUUUAUCCAAUGCGCUGAAAUCCAUGCAUGAGGGGAAUGGAACAAGCUACGCACUGCAUGCGUCCUCAGCUCUUUUCUCCAAACAGGUUCCUGCACUGGAGAAGGCCUUCCUGGAGGAACUCCAGGCUCAGUUUAGGUUGGGCCAUGUGCCUCUAAGUGCAGAGGAUAAGCAGGGGGAUAUGGAGAAGCUUCGCUCCUGGGCUAAAGGUGGAAUGGGAGGACUGGAGGGGUCUCCACUGACUGAGGGACCAGACGCCAAAGAUGGAGCUAUGAUCCUGGCCAAUGCACUGCACUUAAAAGGCUUUUGGGAUCGUAGCUUUGACCAAGAAAACCAAGACCUGCGAAGCUUUUUAGGGACCAAAUACACCAAAGUGUACAUGAUGCACAGAUCAGGAGUGUACCGUCACUAUGAGGACAUGGAAAAUAUGGUGCAGGUGUUGGAGCUGGGCCUGUGGGGUGGAAAGGCCAGCAUGGUGCUGCUGCUGCCCUUCCAUGUCGAGAGUCUGGCCAGACUGGAGCGCGUGCUGACCCUGGAACAGCUGGAGAAGUGGUUGGGGAAGCUGAGCAGCAUAAGCAUGGCACUCUCACUGCCCCGGGUCAAUGUCAGCAGCACACUCAGCCUGCAGAAACAAUUGGCUGCGCUGGGUGUGGUAGAUGCGUGGGACCAGAAGGUGGCAGAUUUCUCUGGGUUGUCUGGCCAGGCAAAGGGGAAUCUUCACCUGGGGGACGUUCUUCACUGGGCCUCCCUGGAGCUGACCUCAGAGUCAGGCAGUAAGGACAGCAUGGACAAGGACGAGCAUGUGGAGAAACCCAAACUCUUCUACGCAGAUCAUUCCUUCAUCAUCCUGGUGAAGGAUAACAGCACUGGGGCUCUGUUGUUAUUGGGUGCUUUGGACUUGGCAGGGGGAGUUGCGCUGCAUGAUGAGCUGUAGAACUGAAAUACCUGACACACACAUACAUAUACAGUACAGAGUUAUUACAAUGUAUGACCAUGGCACCGACACUCAGCUGAGCCAAUUUUUUCAGUGACACUUGUAUCUUGUUCAUCUUUAGCAUUUUGUAUCAGUGGUUUAGCAUUUCCUUAACAAAUUGGUUAAAGUAAUUUUGAUCAAGUCAGAUUUACAGUUUUCCCUUCAUCCUGAAUGUUGCUGAUCAGCCAGGGCCUGUUUUGAGUUCAGCAUUUGCUUCUUUAAUUUUGCUGUAGAGGCUAAUGUUGUUAACAAGUUGUGGAAGUUUAUACCCACUAGUGAUGCUAAUUUUGAUAUUCAACUAUCUAUAAGAGUUAACAAACGGGUUCAUUUAGCGGCAGGGAAGGAAAAAACUGGCUUCGUCCAAAUUAGUGUAGGACUGUAGGCUCACUUUUUUAGGUGAUGGCACUGGUGUUACACAAAAAAUUUGGCAGCAUGUAUAAAAAAUACAUUUAAAAACAUCUAAAAGUCACAGCUAAAAACAGUAAUCGAAGCUAGAAUUUUGUCUGUAUGUUUGACCCUUUUUAUAGACAAGCAUAUCAGAGUGUCAGAAAACAUACAAGUCUGUUUGACAUUACAUAGUAGGCAUGCAGUUUCCAUGAUGCUAACAGGUGGCAUAACUAUUACUUGUUAACUACAUUAAUCUUGUAGUUAUAGUGCACUACUACACUAAAGAAGCAAGUAUUAGACACCAAAUAUGUCUCAGCUAAAUGAGUAAAGGGAAAAUCAUGUAAAUUUGGUAUUUGGC